CGCUAACGUAGCAUUUGAAUUCUACCGUGCGCCAUUUCUUUUCUACCAUGAUAUUAGAGAUUCUCUCCUUCGCAACGCUGCUGGCUCUCCCAGCCAUAUUGCUGGCCAUAGUGGUCUACGCUGCCCUUACUGUCAAGCGUGCAUUCUUCUCGCCCCUCUCCACAAUUCCUGGACCGUUCCUGAACAAGCUCUCCAACCUUCCUCUCAGGUACCACACCAUGACUGGAAGCUACCACUCAUACACUACCCAGCUCCAUGCCAAGUAUGGCGAGGUUGUUCGCGUUGGCACAGACUUCGUCUCUCUAUCCAGCACGUCGGACACACGUCUCGUUCUAGCGACCCAUGCAUUCAGAAAGGGCCCGUCAUAUACCAUUGGUAUGAUGCUGGCAGAAAAUUCAUUUUCGACAACCAAUCCCGAGCUCAACAAGGUUCGGCGCCGGCAGAUUGGCGAUGCUUUUGCUGUGCACACGAUGCGGGCAGUUGAGGACUUGGUUGUUGAUGCUGGUGCCAACUCGCUGAUCAAGGUGUGGGAUGCGGCUCUUGCAGAGCAAGGCGACAAGGCCCGCAUCAACUACUUCUACUCGUUCCAUCGCGCUGGAUUCGAUGUUAUUGGCGCUCUAGGAUUCGGCCAGAGUUUCAAUAUCCUGCAGACCGGCAACACUGAGGUCAUUGACAACAUGCAGAACGCCAUUCACCUGAAGGUGCUGACUAGCAUGAUUCCGUUUUCCCGGUUUGUGCCAGCGCUAUUCAAGGAGGAGAAGCAGUCGCAAAACGCGACGGUCCAGCUGAUCCGAGACACCAUCGACAUGCGCAAGAAGCUGAUCAGCGAGACUGGUAAGCCGCCGCAAAUCGAUGUGUUGCAAAAGUUCAUCGACGCCAAGGACCCAGUGACGGGUGAGAUGCUUGCUGAUAAGAGCCUGAUGUCGGAGAUCUUCUUGAUGCUCGUUGCUGGUACUGACACCACAAGCAACACGCUCUCGUGGGUCAUGAUGCAGCUUAUGCACCACCCGUAUGUGUACCAGCGUGUCACUGAGGAGGUGCGCACAACAUUCCCUGAUACCUCGCAGACCAUUUCGUUCAGUGAGGCGAAAUCCAAGCUCCCGUAUCUCUCAGCUGUCAUCCAUGAGACCAUGCGUAUCAAUCCCUCGGUUGCCGGGUUUCUUCCGCGCUGCGCCCCGGCGGAGGGAGCGACAAUUCAGGGACAUUAUAUCCCAGCCGACGCACAGAUUUGUGUUUCCACCGCAGCAUGCCAACGUAAUCCGCGCACUUGGAAGAACCCGGAGACGUUUGACCCUGAACGCUUCCUCGGCCAAGACUCCGCGGAGCGACUUAAGGACUUGCUGACAUUCAGCUCAGGCGUUCGGGUCUGUAUCGGCCGUAACCUUGCCUGGCUCGAACUCUACACGGUUCUUGCCAAUGUAUUGCGCAGGUAUGAUUUUGAGCUGCCCGAGGAUGCACCAUAUGGUGCUCACAAGCUAAGCAAUCUGGGCAUUCCGGUUGAGAUUCCAAGCGAGUCGUUUAUUGUCACAUCUCCUGUGAACCCGAAGGUCAACUGCUGGGUUAAUGUUUCUCUUGCCAAGGUUUAGUGUGUUAGCAUCAGUAAAUAUGCCGUUGCGGUGCUGGACGCAUUGGCAAUACAUUUGUCAGCGAGGUUGUCAACGCUCACUGUUUAGAAAAACAGGGGCCACCUGUCAUGUAUGAGCAAAUUUC